AUGGCGGAUAAGAUCAGAGAGAAGCAGCUUUAUGAAGCGCUCAAGAGCAAACAUAUUGGACUGGGCAAUGAGGAGACAACGAGAACCGAGUAUAUCAGCAACAUCAAAAGAGAUACCUACGCAAGCCUGGUGGCCCAUCCGGCCAUGCUGGAGUUUUUAUCGAACACUUACAACAAACCUAGACAGAUUGUACACACUGAGAUGAUAGAGAAGAUGAUCCGACCUAUGGAGACAAACAAGUAG